GUCAACGCGAGUGGGCACUCAGAUGAACUCACAAGGCACUACUACAUCAAGAGCAUCACGGGGACUGCCAUCACCAUUGACGCUGCAUGGAUUGCGAUGGGAAGCUCGCUCGCUGUGGCUUCCGCUAAUGGAGGACCUCCUGGAAUUCUCUAUGAACUGCUUGUGUCGGCCUUCUAUUAUGCAUUCAUUAACGCGUCUCUCGCUGAGCUUGCGAGCUCGAUCCCUUCUUCAGGCGGUGUUUAUCAUUACGCGUCGGUCACUGCAGGGCCCAGAUAUGGCCGUCCAGUUGGCUUCUUUGCGGGGAUCGUCAACCUAUUCGCUUGGUUAUUCGGCGUCGCAUCCUCAGUCAUCAUUAACUCCACCGUGGUCCUCGAGAUAUACGCGCUCUAUCAUCCUGAGUUCACGAUCAAAGCCUGGCACAUCUUCGUCACCUUCCUCAUCCUGAACACAGCAACGUGCCUCGUCGUCAUAUAUUGCAAUCGUAUCUUCCCGGCAUUCCAGUCUUUCGGCGGGGUCGUCAUGUUACUCACAGGCGUCAUAACGAUAAUUGUCGUGACCACGAUGGCCUCGGAGCAUGCCAGCAACGCCUUUGUUUGGACUCAAUGGUCCAACGUGACCGGAUGGCCGGAUGGCAUUGCUUUCAUUGCUGGGAUGCUCAACGGGGCUUUCACAAUCGGAACGCCCGACUCUAUCACUCACAUGGCGGAGGAAAUGCCAACGCCUCGCAAGGAUCUCCCCAAAGCUAUCGCCUUGCAGCUCAUAUUUGGGACAAUCACUGCGUUCAUAUUCGCUGUCGCGAUCAUGUACGGCGUGACGAAUUUUGACGCCAUCCUCGACGUCGGGGAUCAGUUUCCGCUCACACAAUUCUAUGCCCAAGCUACCGGAAGCCGCGCUGCAACCACUGGAUUGCUGACGCUUGCGAUCAUCCCAGGCGUUUUCGCCAUGCCUGCUACGUAUGUAUCGGUGGGGAGGACGCUGUGGACGCUGGCCAGAGAUAACGUUUUGCCGUUCUCCCCAUGGCUUGCGAAGAGCUCCACUAAGCUCAGCUGUCCGGUCCACGCUACCCUCGUGACUUAUGUGUUGACGACAGCUCUCGGCGCUAUCAGACUGGGUAGUCCAACUGCGUUCGGCGACAUCGUCGCGAGCUAUGUGAUAUUGACGACAAUGAGUUAUCUCCUUGCCAUCCUCCCACAUCUUCUUACUGGAAGGCGGAAUGUACCCAUCGGACCGUUUUGGAUGGGUAGAUGGGGAUACGCGGUGAACACGCUAGCAGUCAUCUCCAUAAUCGUCACGAACAUAUUCUACUGUUUCCCUUUCUUCCUCCCGGUCACUACAGCGUCCAUGAACUAUAAUUCUGUAAUCCUGGUAGGACUUCUUGCGCUGACCUGCGCCUGGUGGCUUAUACACGGUACACGUCAUUACGCCGGCCCUCGCAUUCCACAUCUC